AUGGCACCGAGGCUUUAUUCCGUCGAAGAAGAGGCUAAUCUGCCGCCCGAUGAGACAAGCCCCUUGCUACACUCGAGUGGCGACGGGCAGGACUUGCAACCCAAGAAACGGUCGCCCUGGACGGCGAUCUCGGUCAUCCUCGUGGGCGUUCUCGUCGCCAACAUCGACAUGACGCUGCUCCUCGCCACAUAUCCCCAGAUAUCCUCCAGCUUCGGUGCCCUGACCCAUGGUUCCUGGUUACUCACCGCCUACAUGCUGUCCAUGUGCGCCGCCCAGCCGCUCUACGGGAAGCUGAGCGGUAUAUUCGGCCGGAAGGCCAUGCUCAUCGUCUCGUACACCUUGUACGCCACCGGCUCCGCCGUGUGUGGCCUUGGUCAGAGAAUGGGGCAGGUCAUCCUCGGGCGCGUCAUUGCCGGGACAGGGGGCGCCGGCAUGGUGUGCCUCGUCUCCAUCAUCAUCACCGACCUCGUGCCGUUGCGCCAGGUGGCCGAGUACAGAAGUUAUAUGAACGUGAUCCAGACGUUUGGUCGCAGCAUAGGAGCUCCCAUCGGCGGCUUGAUAACGGAGAGGUUUGGAUGGAGAGCUACAUUCGGAACCUUGUGCCCCAUCACUAUCCUGGGUAUUGGUCUUGUGGCCUGGAAGCUCCAAGAUCAGCCACCCGAGGUUGCCCUUCUAGGUUCGACACCAACACCUCAGAAUCACAAAGGCCGUUACUGGGCGCUUCUGAGGAGGAUCGAUACCAUAGGCUCCUUACUGCUUGCCUUCAGCAUCGCCGCGGCGCUCAUGGUCUUCACCAUUGGGAGCGAGAAGCUACCGUGGACUUCCCCUAUUAUGGUUGCCAUCGUUGCGACCGCCGUGGCCGGCGCCGUGGCAUUCUACAUCUGGGAGACCCACUACGCUUGCGAGCCCAUCUUCCCACCAUCCCUCCUCGCUCAUCGCGCUGUCUGGACCUCCUACAUCAUGUUACUCCUCCAAAACGCAGCGCAAUCAGCCGCAACCCUCUCGGUCCCCCUGUUCUUCCAGGUGACGCAGGGCAUGAACAGUGCCGAGGCAGGCAUGUUCCUCCUCCCAAGCGUCGUGGGGAACACGUUGGGCGCCCUCGGAACCGGCAACUACAUCAAGCGCACGGGGCGGUACAAGCUCCCGGGGGUCGCCGCGGGGAUAUUCGGGGUCCUCGGUUACGGCCUCAUGAUAGCCCGCUGGGACGCUGGCCCGGACUUCAACCUGUUCUGGGACGACUGCUACCUCGCUUUUGCCGGCCUGGCCACGGGCAUGGCUCACUCGGCGGCCUUCGUGAUCCUGACGGCGGGGAUAGCGGCGCUCGAGGGUGACGGGCAGGGCGACUCGGAGAAUACGGCCAUCGCGAGCUCGGGAAUCUACCUCAGCGGCAAUAUCGGCGGUGUUGUGGGACUCUGCAUGUCGAGCACCAUGUUGCGGUCCAUCCUCAGGCGAGAACUUUCGCUGUCUCUGGACGAGGCAACGAUGAGAAGGGCCAUGGAGGAUGUCACAUUUGUGCAGGGGCUGGAAAGGGGCAGCAAGCUCAGAACCAUCAUCGUUGCGGCUUAUGUUGAUGGAUUCCGUGGGACCUUCUGGGGGGCGGCUGUUUAUUCGGCUCUGACCACCUUUGUUAGUUUGUUUGUGAACGAGCACAGCCUCACUGGCUAA